CUCUUUUCCAUCAGUGCCUUACAACACAAUCCAUCCAUGCAAAACUCACUCACACACAGCAAAAUAUCAACAACAAAAAAAUCCACAAUUUUGCAGUAACCAUGGUUGCAAUGGCAGCAGCAACAGCCUCAUCACAGUUAAUAUUCUCAAAACCUUACUCUCCUUCACGUCUCUGCCCCCUCCAACGCUGCGUCUUUGAUACAAAAUCAGUCUUAUCGAGUUCGAGGAGAAAGCAUGUGAGUGGCUCUGGUGUUAGAUGUAUGGCUGUGAAGGAAGCAACUACUGAGACAAAGAAAAGAAGUGGAUAUGAGAUUAUAACACUCACUAGUUGGUUGUUGCAGCAAGAACAAAAAGGGAUUAUUGAUGCAGAACUUACUAUUGUACUUUCUAGUAUCUCUUUGGCAUGUAAACAAAUUGCUUCUUUGGUUCAAAGAGCUAAUAUUUCUAACCUCACUGGAACUCAAGGUGCUGUAAAUAUUCAAGGGGAAGAUCAGAAAAAACUUGAUGUUAUCUCAAAUGAGGUAUUCUCAAAUUGCUUGAGAUCAAGUGGUAGGACAGGAAUAAUCGCGUCGGAGGAAGAGGAUGUGCCAGUGGCAGUAGAAGAAAGUUAUUCUGGAAACUACAUUGUUGUAUUUGAUCCACUUGAUGGUUCAUCCAAUCUCGAUGCUGCAGUCUCAACUGGUUCGAUUUUUGGGAUUUACAGCCCCAAUGACGAGUGUCUUCCUGAGUUUGGUGAUGACUCUGAUGACAACACACUUGGCACAGAAGAACAAAGGUGCAUUGUGAAUGUGUGUCAACCAGGAAGCAACCUUCUAGCAGCUGGCUACUGCAUGUAUUCGAGUUCAGUAAUCUUUGUUCUUACCAUAGGCAAAGGAGUGUUUGUAUUCACAUUAGAUCCAAUGUACGGAGAAUUCGUUUUGACUCAAGAGAAUCUCCAAAUACCGAAAUCAGGGAAAAUCUAUUCUUUCAAUGAAGGGAAUUACAAGUUGUGGGAUGAAAACUUGAAGAAAUAUAUUGAUGAUCUUAAGGAGCCAGGUCCUAGUGGAAAGCCUUAUUCAGCAAGGUAUAUUGGUAGUUUGGUUGGUGAUUUUCACAGGACACUGUUAUAUGGUGGCAUUUAUGGAUACCCUAGGGACAAGAAAAGUAAGAAUGGGAAGCUUAGGCUUUUGUAUGAGUGUGCUCCAAUGAGCUUCAUUGUUGAACAGGCUGGUGGAAAAGGUUCAGAUGGUCAUCAGAGAGUACUUGACAUUCAACCCACAGAAAUUCAUCAACGUGUUCCACUUUACAUUGGAAGCACAGAAGAGGUGGAGAAGGUUGAAAAGUACUUAGCUUAAAUGACAUACUGAUGCAAUGAAAGUUGUUUUGUUUAAGAAUCUUAUUCUCAAUGAAACUAGUCACAAUCAAGUGGUUUUAAGGAAGAGUUCUUUUAUUUUA